AUGGCCAUUCUUCCUUCGUCAAAUAUUUUUGUCAAUCAAAAUGGAGAAACCCAAAAAUAUCCUUCUAUCAAUUCUUCUCCUUCUUCACAAUCUUAUUCUUUAUUAUUUGAGGAUUUAAGUAAUAAAGACAGAGCAACACUUCAAAUUGAAGUUGUCGAUGUUAAUGAUAAUCCUCCUUAUUUUUUGGGAGGUCCUUUCCCUUUGGAAUUAAUUAUUCCUGCUGGCUCUCCUCCAGGCUUUUUAAUUCGUCGUCUGGAAAUUAUAGAUUUUGACCAAGGUAUUGGCGGAAUUAGUAGAUUCUCUUUAAUAUCUGAAAACAACAAAAAUAAUUCUUUAUUUUCAUUAAAUUCCCCACAAUGUAAAUGGCCAAAAUGUUCAGUUGAAUUAAGAUUAAAAGAGUCAAUGUUUGAAGGGGAAAGAGCUUCAAUUAAAGUUUUGGCUAGAGAUGGAGCUGGAAUUACACAUAAAAGGUCAAAUACAGCAGAAAUUAAAAUUAAUGUUGUGGCUGUUUCUGAUAUAGCAAAUAAUUUAAAUAAAAAUGAGGGGGAAGAGGAAGAAGAAAAUAAAGAAGAGGAGGAAGAGAAUGGAUUUGAUGAAGAGAAGGAUGAAAUAUUUUUUAAUUCAAAUUUUAGAAAUAAUAUUUCUUUCAAACAAAAUAUUACAAUUGAAACAACAACAAAAGGAUUUACUGUUCCCCUAAUAACUUUUGUGAAAAGAAGAAAUAACAAUGAAGAAAAAAUAAAAUCAACAACUCUACAAACAAUUAAAGAACAAAUUAUUAAAAAUAUUAUACCCAAAACUUUUAAUGUUGAAUCUCUUAGUGAAGAUGCGCCUGUUGGAUUAGAACUUUUACAUAUUCCUUUACCUUCCUUAAGUAAGUUUUUUGAAGGAAAAUAUUUUGAAAGGUAA